AUGGCCGAUCUGAGCACCUUCAUUGUCUCUAUCCCAUCGGAGUCAGAUUCAGACUCUGACGAUGAUGGUGGUAUGCAACUUGAUCCCAACGAGAAUAACGAUAUCAUGAGAUACGCAGACGAAGAGGACUCAUUCUCCUUUACCGCUCCAGACCCCAUGUCUCCAUCUUACGACCAAAGUAACACCGUCGAGCAUGUCGGCCUCGAUAACACUGUUCAAACACCAAGCGAGUUUGAGCAGGAUAUGCGAUCGCGCUCCCAUCUCCGUGACGAGAAGCAUGCUGCUUUGUCUGUCCUUAUGGACCGAGAGUUACUUGUCACCUAUGCACUUGCUGCUAGAGAGACAAUUCCCCAAACCCGCCGCCGCUUCAUGGCCAAAAUGCUCUGCCCCAAUGACCCCGUCAAAGCAGAGGAGCUCUACGCCCCCCGCAUUUACCUACCCGCGCAAACCCACGGGGGCGAGGCAUCCACUAUUCGUGGCCGUUUUAACGAUAUCAUCGACAAUGAUGAAUCGGGCUGGCAUAACCCCGCCGUUAGACGCCCGCAUAAGGGGUCCCGAUCUGUUUCGGCUGCGGCUUCUCGUUCUGCUUCGGUUAGUGGUAACAAUUCGCCCCGUCGGGUUUCCUCUGGUGUUGGGCUUGCUCCUGGGGUUUCUGGUGGCAAUUUUAGGAGCCGGACUUCUCUCCAGGCCCAGACUAGUGAGGAUGAGGAUUUGUGA